GGGGCUAGCCACGUCCUGCCGCGCUGAGGGGGAGGCUAACGGGCGCGGGCUGCCGGGCCCAGCCGGAGCGCACCGCGAUGGCGAGGGAGGAGUGCAAAGCGCUGCUGGACGGGCUCAACAAGACGACUGCGUGCUACCACCACCUGGUGCUGACCGUCGGCGGCUCGGCGGACUCGCAGAACCUGCGGCAGGAGCUGCAAAAGACGCGCCAGAAGGCUCAGGAGCUGGCGGUGUCCACCUGCGCCCGGCUGACUGCCGUGCUGCGCGACCGGGGCCUGGCCGCCGACGAGCGCGCCGAGUUCGAGCGGCUCUGGGUGGCCUUCUCGGGCUGUCUGGACCUGCUGGAAGCGGACAUGCGACGCGCGCUGGAGCUGGGCGCUGCGUUCCCGCUGCACGCGCCGCUGCGGCCGCUGGUGCGCACAGGUGUGGCUGGUGCCUCCUCCGGCGUGGCGGCGCGCGCGCUGAGCACCCGCAGCCUGCGGCUCGAGGCGGAGGGCGACUUCGACGUCGCGGACCUGCGGGAGCUGGAGCGCGAGGUCCUUCAGGUGGGCGAGAUGAUCGACAACAUGGAGAUGAAGGUCAACGUGCCCCGCUGGACCGUGCAAGCCCGGCAGGCGGCGGGCGCCGAGCUCCUGCCCACGGUCAGCGCCGGCCCUUCGUCGGUGGUGUCCGUGGAGGAGCGCGGGGGGGGUUGCGACCCCAGGAAGGCCCUGGCCGCCAUCCUUUUCGGCGCUGUGCUGCUGGCGGCUGUGGCCCUAGCCGUGUGCGUGGCGAAGCUGAGUUGACGGACAUCCGACGGCCGCCUGCUGCAGCCGCUCCCUCCCUGGAGAAAAGACUCGGGAUGGGUAUGGGGUCUGGCCUGCGCAAGGGGAGUGGUCCUAAAACCCCGUGUGUGCAUGGGUACACGCGCGUUUCCAGUGCACAUCCGCCUGGGCAGGACACGGUUUCCUCUUGCCGGCCCUGGAGGAGUUAACUUUGCGCCGGCCGUCAGGGCAUUACCGCUAACGUCUGCAGGAGCUUUAUUCCCUAUUAAUAGAAAACCGUCACAGUGACCCCAGAUCCCUCCGAGUUAAUGAGUUAACACAUGUGCUGUUGGGGCGUCUUUACAGGGAGUCCGAGUUCGGUGCCCACCCCUGCCAGCGUCGCCCCCUCUCCGCGUGGGACAGUUUGAAAAGGUGGGUGGGGUAGAGUGAAGUUUGGAGAGGGGCGCUGUUUGGUUCUAUGUGGUUGGUCUGUUUCCUGGACAAGAAAAAUUGCAGUCAAAUGUCAGCAGCUUUUAUUACCUUCAUCUUUCAGGGCCUAAAUUUAGGAGAGUGUCCUGAGAGCAGUUCAUACAAAGGGCUUUCUCUAAGACGCGCUACAGCCCUUCCUAACAGAGUUUAUCCAUUCGUCCCCAAGAGCAGCUAGAAGAGAUUUGAGGUCAUGACCUCCCACUGCCACUCAGGGGCUGACCCUGUUUAGGAAACCAAAGGGGGUGGAUUGAACCCACUCUCACGGACUUGGAUCCAGUGCGCACACUUGCCUGCGGAAAAGGGCUCUCCCCAGCCACCCAGAGAUGGGGGUAAGAGGAAGAGCGGAGGCUUGGGGCAGGGCCACCUGGUGUUUAAACGGCACUUUCUCCUUCUCUGGGGCUUAUUUUUGUUCAGAACUAGACCAGAGUGUUUGAACCUCCUUUGCAGGAGGGCUGGGAAUCCUCUUUAGAGCACUUAAUCCUAUUUAUCCCCUGGAAUGUGCGUGCUGGCCAGUAGGAGGGCUGGCUUUGGCAGCUCCCUGACCCCCACGCUACCCGCCCCUCCGGGGUAAUGUGGCAUUACUGGCCCACAGAGGUUUUGAGCCAAUCAGCUCUGAGACUGGGUUAGAAUGUAACAGCUUUAACUUGGGAUUUAAGAAGCUUUUUAAGAAGCUUUUAAAAAGUAAUAAUCCUGUGAAAGAAAAAUGACGUAACCACAGCGUGUACUAUGAAAGCUGUUAUUUUAAUAAAGAAUGCUGGGCCAUGAA